AUGUCUUUCCGUCCCCCCCGCACCUGCUACACCUGCGGCCAACCCGGCCACCAGGCCCGCGACUGCCAGUCCGCCGGCACUCCCCUCUGCUACAACUGCGGUGAGUCUGGUCACAUCUCCCGUGACUGCACCGGCGAGCGCAAGGAGAAGUCCUGCUACAAGUGCAACCAGGUCGGUCACAUCUCCCGUGACUGCCCCUCGGCCCCCGCUGAGGGUGCCGGCCCCGAGUGCUACAAGUGCGGCAAGGCUGGCCACAUCUCCCGCAACUGCCCCGAGGGUUACUCCAGCGGCGCUCCCAGCGGUGGUGCCCGCGGCUAUGCCCCCCAGGCCAGACAGACCACUUGCUACACCUGCGGUGGUUUCGGCCACAUGUCUCGCGACUGCACCCAGGGCUCCAAGUGCUACAACUGCGGUAACACUGGCCACAUCUCCCGCGAGUGCCCCGAGGAGCGCAAGGAGAAGGCUUGCUACAAGUGCAACGAGGUCGGCCACAUCUCCCGCGACUGCCCCCAGCAGGCUUAA